CAGUCCACACGGCGGGACAGGGACACUGAGACAGACAGAGCUGGACAUCUGAGAGAAGCGAGGCUCUGCAAAUCUGUCGAAAACUCCGAAAACGAAGGACCUUACAUAGCCGCUGUGUUUUGGAUGAUUGAGGAACAACGCUAAACCUGUAGCGGUUACUGGUGAUUGAUGCAGUCCGCUCCUGUACAGCCUGAGCUCUGUCUGAGGGUCUAAUAACAAAGCUGGGAGACUCUUCUACUGUCCCCUGUCACAGAGGGAAGAUAUGAUCUUUAAGAUAAACCAGUUUGGGGUCAUGCAACAAGUAUAAAUGCACAUUGACGAGCAGAGGGAGACAGGCUGGCGAAGGAGAAAGAAGUGGAUUUUUUGAAGGGAGCAGGAGAGGACCGUGUGCUGGAGAUGUCUUUGUGGAUGAUAUUACCUGUCAGCCUCCCAGCUCUGACCAUCACUGGAAUAUGGGUUGUGUAUGCCAUGGCCUUGUAUAACCAGCAUGUCUGUCCUGUGUACAACUGGAUGUAUAACCAUUCAUGUGAGGUGGAUCUGCCAAUGCAGAGAGGACCAACCCUGUGCUGUACUAUGGACAAUGUUCCUUUCAUAAGUAAAUGUGGCUCACUUCCUCCGGAGAGCUGCUUCUUCAGCCUCAUCUGCAGCACCGGAUCCUUUAUGGUGAUGGUGAUUGUGAUGCUUCGCUAUGCCCAUGUGAUAGAGAAGCAUCAGAACUGUGUGUUAAACACAGCAAGUCUCUCCACCGGCUGGAUCUGUGCUGCUGGACUCAUAAUGGUCGGCAACUUCCAGGUGGAUAACUCCAAGGUUCUUCACUAUGUUGGAGCAGGGGUGGCCUUCCCCACUGGUUUGCUGUUUGUUUGUCUCCAGUCUGCGCUGACCUACCGUCUGGCGAAGACUCAGGGAGAAUACAAUGUGGGUCAUUUGCGCCUCUUUAUGACCCUGCUGGCCUGUGUAGCCUUGGUGCUCAGCGGGGCAUUUUUUGUCCAGGAGAGUUUUGUCCUGCAACAUGCAUCAGCCAUUUUCGAGUGGGUCUUCUGUGUCAUUAUUAUGCUGUUCUACGGCACAUUCGCUUUUGAAUUCGCCGGGAUAUCUAGUGACACAAUGAUGGUGCUGGCCCGAGGGCAAUCUCUACAGUCUGUAAGCCAAAACCACAAAAUGGAGUCUCUUGCUGGGGUCAGUAUGCACCAGACUGAGAGCCUGUCCAAACUGUAACCUCAGUGUCCCGUAUCUGCCAAUCUCUCUCAACACUAGAAAAGAACACUACAACCGCAGAGGGAAAGUGACAGAAACUGGACCUGGCUCUCAUACAACCGGCUUACCUUUUGGCAAAGAAUCCAGCUCAUAUUUUGCACAUUUUUGAGAGAUUUCUUCACUCUCUGGGGACCUUUUGAAUCGCACAGCUUCCACACUGGGAAAAACAAAGUUAAUUGCCUGGAUGUGUUGGAGUUUCCAUUAGAUCUCACUGGGAUUUUUAAGUAUCUGUGUAACUUGGAUAAAGGAACUAGACUGCUAGUUGGCUAAACUACACAUGUCCAUUGGUGAACCCAGAGGACCGCUGCAUCAGAAGCCUUCUGCAACACUCAAAAAUUUGAACAUAGCCCCAACAAUGGUUGUUGUGCCAGUUCCAAACAUUGCAAGAAAAUGGAUCCAAAAACGGUGAUUCUUUUCUGUGCCUUUAGGAUGUUUUUUUUUUUUUUUUAGAGAUCUUUAUUUUCAAAGGCAGUGAUGGUUUAAUCACAUAAUAUUGUAUUUUCACAUAUCACUACUGUUUGAUAACUGAUCAAGGUGGUUCAUUUUGCCUUAAAUACCAUAUGCUGUCAGAAAUGUAUUUUCAGGAGAUUUUCAUUACCAAUGUGCCUUAUAUACCAAAAACCAAAUACAGAUAUUUAUUAGAAAUGUAUUCAGUUGCCUUGAAUAUAUAAGGCAUGUAUUUUUUUCAUAUAAUGCAAAAAAUAUGCUGGUUGUAAAAAACUAAGCUGAACGAGAAAACUUCUCGUGAAACAGGUGCAUAAACUUAUCACAUUAAGUAACCAGUAAUUGGUGCCAUUCCAGGCACCAUGUUAGAGUCUAUGAGUUUUGCUUUAAAUUUUGACCAAAUUUAACUGAGAAGAGGGUUCUGUGGUCAGGGUGAUCAUAUGUUUCCCUCUUUCUGUCACUGAAGGAAUCAUGUGUUGAGUGGGGGGUUUAUGGGAGUCACAAGGAAGCGUCUAGUAAUGAAAGAUGAAUGAAGCUGGCCUUUAAAGUAAAGGGUGAUAAGUGUAGGUGUUCUUAAGAUGUACAGAAGGUCUCUGUGAGCUGUUUUUUGCAGACAAUAUUACUUGCAGCAGGACUGCAAAUUUAUGAUUGAUUUAGUUUCUUUUGAAAAAAGAUACAGUUUGGUUUACAUUUGUCAAAUGUUUUCACACUACCAGCAUGACAAAAAAUGAAUAUCGUUCCUCAUUCAUUAUCAAGGGAGUUUUGUCAUUUAAUUUGUAAGGAUAAGAGCCAUAUUUAUGCUUCUCACUGUUUGAUUCCACCAGAGCUGUCCUGAGAACAUCAUUCAUGUAAUUUCAGUUUACUAAUUCUCUACGCUCAGGAAUUCAGAUCUGUCUUUUGCUGUCACAUAUCUUCUCUCUGUGUUCCAGACUGUGUUGAUCCUCCAGAUAUGAGUAAACAUUCAGCUGUUUCAGUAACUUGUUUAGAACAUUACCUUCAUGUAGCCAGAGAGCUGUAUUUUGCUUCGAUUGCAUCACUGGGACUCUGUCAACCCCAUAAAUUGGUUUAAUUUGUUGUUUAAACCAUUGUCUCAGAAGUACUUCUUGUGUAUUGUUUAAAUAAAUAAUUCAUCCAAACAUAAAACUUCACCAAAUAUUCAACUUAAUUUAGUUUCAAAGUCAAAAUCUGUUAUACUCUAUGUGGAAGUCAAAAGAAGAAAUUAGAAGAAUUGUUGUGCAGCUUUAUUCCAUACCAGACAGUUCACAGCAAUGACCAACAUAAAAGAGGCUCAUAAGACUCAUUUGGUGUAUUUUAGCACAGUGUUUUUUUAUGUUUGUUUUGUUUUUUAGAUUUUUUGGUGCUUAAUAGACAUGAUCACCAUGAGGUGAAUUUUAAAGUAACAAGAAAAAAAAAAAGAAUCUUCAGAAAGAAUCUUCAAAAGUUUGCAAAUAUUCUCAUUUUGUGUUUCACAGGGGGGAAACAUGAGGGUGAAAAGUCAUUUUUGACUAAUCCUUUAAGAAACCUGUUAAAAUUCAUUUUGUUCCUUCAUGUAUUAUCUAUUAAGUUUGCUUAAACUAGGACUCUGGUGGUCAAUAGCUGUACUGUUGCAAACAUGCUGUCAUCAUUCAACAAAAAAUAUCUUCAUGUGCCUUUGUGUCAGCCAAAGAUUGAAUCACUUAUUGGAGAAGAGUUUUGGGGUGUUUAAUUGUGCUGUAAAGUUGCCUUAAAAUGUAUGGAAAUAAAGCAGAAUCAAACAUUA